AUGUCUGAAGUUGACGUGAGCCAAGGCGAUAUCGUCGACGAAACUCUCGACCUAUUCCGUGCCAACUCUCUCUUUCGUAACUUCGAGAUCAAGGGUCCCGCCGACCGUCUCCUCAUCAUCCUCAUCCUCUUCAUCUCCGACUGUCUAGCCAAGCUCGGAACAGCUCGUAUCCCACCGUCACAGAUCGAGGCAUCGAAGUUGCUCAAUACUCUCGCCGUGGACAGUUUCCCCAUUCCCGGAGACGCUAACUUCCAACUGAAUGCGCAUUAUGCUCCCCCAAGCAGUCGUGCCGACGCAGACUAUCUUCGUCAGUACUUGGUUCAAGUCCGCCAGGAGCUGGCUGCGCGGUUGAUCGAGCGGCUGUACGCUGACGGGACGGGCAAGCCAAGCAAGUGGUGGAUGUCCUUCCAGAAGAGGCGUUUCAUGAACAGGAGCUUGGGUUAA